GUCUGUCUGCUAGGUAUUGACAUCAAUCAACCAAAGAUGACUUUAUGGUGAAGGUAUGAUCCAGGAUCCUAUAGCUACUCACUCCUCUACACGCAGCAGCUCCAAAAGACGAUCUACCUUGAUCCAUGCACUGUUUCUAUAGAAUGGGCACGCUCUGAAAUCACCUUAAUUUAAGAAAUCCUAAGAUUGACUGAUUAGGCACUUAUUGUUCGAUGAUCUGUUAGUGAAUUUUAAAGGUUUGUUAGCCUGCUGCAUCUUGUGAAAAAAACAGAUGUUGAAUUCCUGCAUCUUCACUACUUGACACCGCUUCAUUUGAAAGUGCUUCAAAGCUUCACUAAACAAGGGAUACCAACAAACACAUACAUGAUGACUGAACAUAGGUGCUUUUAAACUCCUGACACGCUUGUGGUUUUGAGCCUUUAUUUAGCUACAAAGUACCUCAACCUCCAACCGACCCACCAACUGCUGUGCGGGCCGGCCGAGGAAGUGGCUCGGUUAGACUGACUCGGGAGUGAGCGGGUUUUGCUUGUUAUGAAGACGAUGUCACAAACAUGUGUGGUUGUGGAGGUGGUUGCAUUCAACUACAAAGCUGCAGGUGUUGUCCUCAUGGUCAGACCAAGCCCAAGGCCCCAUCCUGCAGCAGCAAUCCCUCUCCGUCAAGACCCCAAAGCUGUCACCUCAUCACGACCAGGGUACAAAGACAGUAGCAUGGUGGUAGACAGAAAACCUCCUUUUGUAAGGGAUCCUCUGACCCUAUCAGUGGACUUCAUGGUGAGGUAUGUAGGGAUGAUUGCCUCAGCUCAGGGUCUUCAACACUCACAAGAAGACCACCUUGAUCUAAUCCAAGCCCUGGACCAAGCACAGAUGGAUGGGCAGUUCAAGUUUGCAGAAAGUGACCAGGACUUUGUCACUUUGAAUCUUUCCAAGUAUGGCAUCAAGAUUCUGGAGAAGAUCCCUCAAGAUAGAUAUCAGAUGACAGCCGGUAUCAGACCGCCCCAGGUGGUACGAUGGAGGCAUGGUCUGGUAGAGAUCAUCCGAGCCGUCCACUAUGAGGACAGUCUAGGAAGACACCUGAUGGCGGUCAAGCUAGGUCAAGAAGGAGAGGAGGUCUAUGACUGUCUACUCUUUGAAUGUACUCAUCAGCCCCAAGCAACACAAAUGUGCAAGUGCCUGGAGCUGCUUUUCAACGCUGUGUGCCAAUUUACUCCUCUGUGAUACCUCUUGACACUUAAAGUGCAGUGUUCCUACCUGCUUAUUUCAAGAUUGGCGUUAGCGCUAACACCAGAUCACUCAUCUGUGACACCUUAUUUCAAGAUUGGCGUUAGCGUUAAAACCAGAUCACCCAUAUGUGACACCUUAUUUCAAGAUUGGCGUUAUUAUUAACACCAGAUCACCCACCUGUGACACCUUAUUUCAAGAUUGGCGUUAGCGUUAAUACCAGAUCACCCAUCUGUGACACCUUAUUUCAAGAUUGGCGUUAGUGUUAACACCAGAUCACCCACCUGUGACACCUUAUUUCAAGAUUGGCGUUAGCGUUAACACCAGAUCAUUCAUCUGUGACACCUCUCUCUCUCUCUCUCUCUACACUCUAUUCUGGUGUUCCUGAAUGCUGUUUCAAGUUAAGUGUCAAUGUAAACACAAGUCCCCCUCUCUGGGACAUCAAUCUCUCUACUCUGGUGGUCCGUAUUCACCUACCAUCCCAGUAUAGCUUCCUGAGUGAUCUACCAAAGGGAUUACCCAACCAAGUACCAAGUACUGCUUAUUUCAAGAUUGGCAUUAGCGUUAGCACCAGAUCACCCGUCUGUGACACCUCUCUCAUUCUACACUCUAUCCUGGUGUUCCUGAAUGCCGUUUCAAGUGAAGUGCCAACGUGAACACAAGUCCCCCUCUCUGGGACAUCGGUCUCUACUCUAGUCUUUAGGUCCUGACUGCUGAUUUCAAGAUUGGUGUUAGCGUCAACCCCUCUACAAGAUUUUUCUACACUCCAUUGUGGUGCUUCCUACUGAUUUUUUAGAGUGUGGUGUUAGAGAUAGCAUCACAUGACCUCUCCAUGCCGUCCACCUACAUGCUAGUUAGGUGUUACUUGCUGCAUGAGGAGGUUAUAAAGCUGUUCUCUGAUUUACUUAUUUAUGCAGGUGUUAAUGAAUCCUUUACAUAACAGAAGUCUUCUUAUACAGUAGGCUUGCAGGUGCACCAUGUGAUAGAGAGGGAGGAUUGAGGAGUCCUGAAAAGGACUCUCUGUAAUCUUUCUUGAGGUUGUGUUUCUUGAAGAAGUCUUCUUUACAAGCGGAAAUAUCACAGGGAGAUGGAGCAUGCUAAGAGACAUCAGAAUCGUUGCAGUCUUGGUGAAUUUUUUCUGACUCUCUUGAAAACAUUAGAAAUUUUUAAAGAAAUGUUAGAAAAAUGUGAAUCAAGUCAGAGUUUGAAUGGCUAUCAGGAGACAAAAUACAAUCAUGCAUGGAUGAGACUAAAACUAUUAUUUACAAUUAUAAAUACUUAAUGUCUGACAUAUUAGACUAUCACCUCAUUGUGUCUUAGCUCAUGAAAAGUGCUUCCAAAAUAUUGUUCUUCCAAACGCCUCCAAUGAAUCAUUGAAUGAAUAUGGAGCAGAAAAAUAAGUUAUUUGCAAAGUUCGUGAAAAUGAAACCUCUGCAAAAAUAACUGCUUAUACAGUAUUUGGUCAUAGACCUACUAUGAUAGUUAACCUCAAUCCAAAUUGUUGAAAGAAGCUUGAUAAUAAGAGGUAUAUGAGAUGGGCAGAAUCUGUUCCAAUGGUGAAGAAGAUUGAAUUCUUUGCUACACACUGUUAUUGAGUAA